AUAGGGUAUCGGAUUAUUCAAAUUGAAAUUUAUUGACCCACAUUCAGCAUCAAACUAUCGUGCAAAAAAUUCUAGUCUUGUAGAAGGGAACGAUAUACCUCAACAAUAUUUUCGAUAAACCGCCGUCUUUCAAAUUUGACAUACAGUAAGUCAAAUUGAAAGAAUAGUCAAGCUGACAGUCCCCUGCGAUAGUGCGAGAGUAGAUAGGCAAAUGAACAAGGUAUCAGUAAUUUAUUCAAGUAGCUAAAUUAAUACAGUAAGUUAAACUCAGUAGUUAUCCAUUCAAGCUAGCACACGCCUUCUCGGAAGGCUCAAUUAAUUUUUCCAUCAUGCAGUUUCUUGGAUAUUUGCUGAUUCUUCUAGCACAGGAGUCUGCAUUUGCCAAGCGAGCUUACAUAUUGGAUAACGUUAUUGACAAUACAGUCUCACAAACUGUGAAAAGUCAGGGAAGACUGCAUCAGUUGAGAAGUCAACAGCGAUUGUUUGGAAUGGAGUAUAUUUAUGACUACUUCACGUCGUUUUACAACGAGAUGAGCAGUUACGUGACAGAAGGCGUGAUCGGGGAGACACUGGAAGGGAUGAUCGAGAACUUCGCCCUGCCAGAGGGUGUGAAGGAGGGCGACCUGAGCGAACUGCCCGACUACACCAAGAGCAGCCUCUGCAUGAUCUGCGACAUGGGCAUGAGCAAUCUGCUGUCGGCCUACUACUACGGCCUGCCUGGCAGCUUCAUUGAGCAGAUGGCCAUCUCCACCUGCAAACUGUUCCGGCUGCAGACGCCCAGCGUGUGUGAGGGGCUCAUUCAUCUCAACAUGGAAGUGAUUCUCCAUAUAGCAGACCGAAUGGGAAAUAUGACUUCGAAGCAAUUCUGUGGUACAAUUCUGGAAAGUCUAGAAUGCUACGGACCCGAUCCAAUCGUCAACUGGGAAGUUGAUUUGUCAUUUGUUGGAGACAAACCAAAAAUGUCCAAAAUGUCUAUGCUGAGAGACAACAGUAUUGUGAGUAUUCUAAACAAACCUUACUUUUUAUCAUUUUGUGUGAGAUCAGUGUUUCAGGACAGUGGCGGGGAUGGCGGUAGUAUUACCCAAGUGGUGCAGAUCACCGACCUUCACUACGACCCUCUGUUCCGGGUGGGUGGCGUGGCGGGGUGCGACGAGCCGCUCUGCUGCCGCGACUACCAGGGCGAGGCCGAGCGACCAGAGCAGGCGGCCGGUCGUUGGGGUGACUACCGCUACUGCGACAUUCCCUGGUACGUCGUCGAGAACGCCAUCACCAACAUAGCGUCCCAGCACAAGGAAGCAAAAUAUAUCUACAUGACUGGUGAUAUAAUCCCGCACAAUGUGUGGAGCACAACUAAGGAGGACAACAUCAAGAGUAUCCAGUUCAGCGGAAGCAGAUUCCAAGAGAUACUCGGAGGAAAGGUGUACCCCAUUCUUGGAAACCAUGAACCACAUCCUGCUAAUGUAUUUGCUCCACCCUACAUUGAGAAAGAAAACUCGACAGAGUGGCUGUACGAAGCAUUCUUCGAAGCGUGGGGAAGCAACUUACCACCCGAUGCUCGAGAGACGUUCCUCAAAGGCGGCUAUUACACUGUCAGCCCCGAGCCCGGAUUCCGGAUAAUUGCUCUCAACAACAUGUUCGCUUACACCUACAAUUGGUGGAUGAUAAUGGACCCUGUUGAUCCAGCCAGUGAGCUUGAAUGGUUCGCCAGCACCCUCCACGAAGCAGAGUCAAGUAAUGAGAAAGUGCACAUACUGGCCCACAUUCCUCCUGGAACACCGGACCAACUCAAGAUAUGGAGCCGAGAAUAUGCAAGAAUAAUUCAUAGAUUCGAUCACAUAAUAACGGGCCAAUUCAAUGGGCACACCCAUAAGGAGCAAUUCAACGUGUAUAUGGAGAGUGAGAGUGGCCAACCUUCCAAUGUUGCCUACAACGCCGGUAGUGUCACACCUUACGCCAACUCAAAUCCCAAUUAUCGUGUUUACUCUGUCGAGUCAUCUUCUUGGGAACUUCAAGAUUAUGAAACGUUUAUCUACAACGUAACUGAAGCCAACUUGACUCCAGAUAGCUCCCCUAGAUGGUAUCGUCUCUACUCUUUCAAAGAAGCAUAUGGAGUCAGUUCUAUGAGGCCAGAAGAUAUCAGAGAUCUAGUCUACCGAAUGGCUAGCAACGACACGCUUAUGAAAGAGUAUAAUAGGAAUUUUAUAAAAGCUGGAGAUACUGGCUUGCAGAAAGAGUGUAACGAGCAUUGCACGAGAACAAGAUUAUGUGAGAUGGUAACCACUGUAAGUGGAGACUUCUCAGAAUGUGAGCCAUUGUUGAAAAAUUUCAAAAAACCUAAAUCGUGAUAUUUUCAAUAAAUACAAAUAAAAAUAACAA